GAAUUAUCAGGUUUCCAAGGCCAAUUGCGACACUAAAUCCAUCUUCUUGUUGGCUUGCAGCCGCGGCCCAUCUCUACGAAUUUUUGAUUCGUCAGGCCUCAAAUCGACCAAUCGGAAACAAGGUUAAAGCCUAGCCUACUGUAACGUACGCGUGAGGCACGCCAAAGUUUGGCGGCACGUCCCUCCCUUGCAUAAGCGGCGAUCAGCUGCCGACGGAGGUGUGUGACCUUAAUCUCACUGGUUUCUGUGGACAUUUUGAUGACUGAAACACGACCAUCAUCCUCCCCAGAGUCAAAUGGCAUUGAUCGACACCAUGGAUGGUACACGGAAUUCCCUAAUGAUCCCCGGCUAGAAAUCCCAAUGUCGAAGAGAUCCGCGGACUAUGUUGUUCGGACAAGCUUGUUUCGGGAGCCACAGCCAAUGGAUCAGAGUGGGACGAAACGGAAGAAUGUCAACCUGGUGUUGCGCCUCCGCAGUCUACUUCCACCUCGUAGUCGAGCGCUGGGAGGUAAAACCCACCGACGUCACAGCAGCACACCGUUCGAGUCAGGUCAGGGUGACGGCCCACAUAGGCGUUGUAGCAUGAUGGAGCUCGUUUCCAAGCAGUUAAAUCGAACCUCCGCUACGCCGUCCACCCUUCCACUUAGUAGGUCGGAUGUGUGUUUGACGAGAACCCCUUGCCACCCCGAAUUUAACUUAAUGCAUUCGCACUUUUCCCCGGUGAACGAAACGUGUCCUCUUCGUGCUGGAGCGCGUGAUCCCGAACGGGUGAUGCGAGCACCACGAAGUCAAAUAGACAACCGCGACUGGUCUACCUCAAUGCCAGACCGGAUGUAUUCACUAUCCACCGGAAACGUGUGUUGUCUGUUCACUUUGCGUUGUCUGCCUUCUAUGGAAUGCAUUAACGCGACGAGGACACGCGCCUACUCACCCUCCGCACGGCGCCAGAGUAUGCCGACGUCAUCGCUCAAGUAUCACACUGAUGAAGAGAGUGAGCUUUGUCCGGGGAGUAAAGUAUUUGCACUAAGUCUGCUGAAACAGCACCCAUGCUAUAAAGAUGUUCACUGUAACCUAGGCGACUGGGUCAAGAAAACUUUGAAUCGAGUGGACGAUACUGACACUGGACAGAGUACAGACCAAGGCCGUACCAGCCGCCAUGGGUCAUCCAGGCUGGUCCGUUUCGCUGAUGAAACUAACUUAUCAUCCUCUACGACCACCUUGAAUUCAUUGUCCGCCUCAUCAUCCACACGUUCCCUGGCAUCCAUAGCGACAAACAUUCCAGCCAAAUCUGUACAGGAAUCAUUUCCAGUUACCGCCCCUCCAUUCACCUGUGGCACAACUGUAAAUAUGCAUCCUUUGUGCCGCAAAAUACCUCAGCGAUCCGGUUCAUUACGGGAGUCAAUGAAAAAUCUAAAGCUGUCCGACUCCGUUGACGAAGACGUAGCAAGUUUAGAUAGUGGUUCCAAAUCGUCCUCAUCCAAUUUCAUCACUCCGCACCGCAACAGCCAUCAGCCCAACAAAGACCUUUGCAAAUCGGCGUCUACUGAAACGUCACAUUUUAAAGAGCAGCAUCCAUGUUGGCGGAAAAAGUCAAAGCGAAAGACGCCUUUGGUGACGGUGAACGUGAUACGUGAUCAAUCAGAGCCGCCUGAGGUGCCUUCACACGUCCUGAACGCGCUCAGCGCAGCCGCAUACGAGCCACGAUGGAAGAGUACAGUCGCCAACCCAAUCGAAUGUGCAAAUUUCUACAAACGCCUUGCAGUACAGCGCGUGUGCUUGGCUCGCCUACUCUCCAAAUCGUUGUCGCACCUUGAAGUGGAAGUUCACACAGCACCCAUAGUACCGUUGCAUUCCGGUGGUAAUUGUACCGUUCAGAUGCGUUACACACUGGAUAACUGGAUCACCUACAAAGACUCCCCUCCUUUAACGUGUUUACGCGUUGAGAAGAAGCUCAUCUCCGUCUACGACACACUGUGUGUCGAGGUUUACGUCGUCCAAUUGAGCGUCGAGUGUAGUAAACUCGGUCCAGACCUCAAAACCGCACGCUUCGAGUUCGCAAUCUCGUCCAGGCAGGAAGGGCAGUCGGAAUGCUGGGACAACAAUGAUGGAGAGAAUUACGUUUGCGUUGUGGACUCCAAAUGUGAUUAGACAACCUCACUUCAGCUCGUCUUGUUGCUGCGUUUAUUAUUUUUCUAACAAGUUUAUCUUUGUAAUAUGAACUGAACGAUUUCAAAGCACUCGCAUGCGAACGGCAUGCGUCUUCUAUUUGUGGACUAUCUGCAGUAGGAACCUUUCUAGCAGCUACCUUGAAUGCAAACUUCUCGUGUACUACCCAAUACAGCUCGCCUGUAGUG